GCAGCAGAGGCUUACUCCUCAACAGCCCUCUAGUCUUCGCUCCUACGACUACCACGCGUUUUCUUUGCUUGCCCAAGACACCUCCACAGAAGGGCUCGUGCUAGUCUGGACUGGCCGGGGCAGUAAUGUCUUUCUCGUGGAAGACGCUGCUGGGCGCAGGAUCUUCUGGAAGCCAGAACGCAGCCUCUGCCUCGACGGUCACAGGGGGCGAGCGGUACGGAGGUGCAGAGGAUGGCGGCGUUGGGGUUGAAGAGGAACACCAGCCCUUGUGGGGUCUGGAGAACUUCGGCAACACUUGCUAUGCCAACUCCAUUCUUCAAGCCCUCUACUUCUGCCAACCAUUCAGAGAAGUCGUGCUGAACUUUGCAGAGCUACCUGGCGAGAAGACGAGCUCUAUCAGAACCAUUUCUCAACUUGCAGAGACAGACUCCACUACUGGAGCCUCGACCAGUCUAUCGUCCUCUGUGCCAUUGGAGAAGUCCAUCUCGAGCUCCGAGGCAAGUACGGACCUAGCAAGUACGGCAGGGACCUCUCUAUCAAAGUCUCCUUGGCAGCACCCUUCCUCUCCAAAAGCGCCCGCUGCAGAACCAGAUACACUGUUGAUAAAUCUGUACCGACUCUUCCGGUCAAUAUCAGCCGCGUCCGCUGAGUACAAACAGAACGAGGCCGCGGCGCUAGCAGCGGCAACGGCAGGCGGAAGCAAGGGCGCUGGUGGCCUUCCAAUCAAGGCAGGCAAGAAUGCAAAAGGUAAAGCAAUGCUGCCAGGACGCCAGACUACCACAAUGAGCAAGAACGGUGGCUCAAGCUCAGGUGUCAACGGCAGCAUAGCUCCUUCCGCUCCCGGCGCUGCCAGGAAGAGGGAUUUGGGAAUCAGUGCCGGUCUUGUGGAUGAGUCGGCUGUCAAGGGCUUCUUGGCAGCUUUGCGGAGAGAAAAUGUCCUUUUUGACUCCACGGCUCAUCAAGAUGCCCAUGAGUUCCUCAACUUCAUGCUAAAUCAGAUCGGAGAGCAUAUGGGAAAGAUAGACGAGCAAAAACGGCAGCGGGAAGCCGCAGAGCGGGGUCAAGUAGAAGAACAGCAGGUAGCAGUGCGGCAUCGGUACCCUGGCGAACCUCAAGAUACACAAGUGCAUCGGCUGUUCGAAGGCACUCUCACGAACGAGACACGAUGCCUCACUUGCGAGGCUGUGACCUCUCGCGACGAAUGCUUCUUGGACCUUUCAAUUGACAUUGAGCAUAACACAUCGGUCACAGCGUGUCUGCGCCAAUUCAGUGCGAGCGAGACUCUGCGCUCACGCAACAAAUUCUUCUGCGACGGCUGCUCCGGUCUGCAAGAAGCAGAGAAGCGGAUGAAGAUCAGGAAGCUGCCUGCUGUCCUUGCUCUUCACCUGAAGAGAUUCAAGUACGAGGAGGAGACCCAGAGGUAUGUCAAGCUGGCCUACCGUGUCGUCUUUCCUUUGCAGCUCCGGCUCUUCAAUACCGCAGAUGACGCAGAAGAUCCAGACCGUCUCUACGAGCUCUUCGGCAUCGUCGUCCACAUUGGUGUCGGCCCUCAUCACGGUCAUUAUGUCUCCAUUGUGAAGGUCGGAACAAAGUGGGCCAUUUUUGACGACGAUGCUGUCCACUACAUCGACCAGUUGGACAUCUCAAAGUACUUUGGAGAUGCUCCAGGGACAGGAUCUGCCUAUGUCUUGUUCUAUCAGGCCAUGGAUCUAGACCGUCAAGCGCUCGGUCUGCCGCCUGAGUCUGCUGCAGAGGUGCGAGCAAAGAUGACACCCUGGCUGGAGGCAAAUCCCCCACCAGGUGUCGAGUCGCACGCUCCAGCGCAAAAGCAGAUCUCGAAUCAGAUGGGCUUACCCACGACUGUGAUGAGCGCCAGUGGUACUGCGUCACCGGCGAGCAUGGCGUCUCCAAGCAUGCACACGGUCAAUCUAGAUCGGCAGAGCUCAGCCAGCUCGGCGCAGGGUACUGCAGGCGGACCACUUAGCGGAGGUCUCUUCAGAAGAAGGGAACGCAACAGUAGCGUCACUCAGACCCUCGCAGGUGACGCUCACGAGCAAAGGGAAAGGGAGCCGAGCAACAGUGGUGGUACCGUUGGCAACGCUACCUCUGGUGGCUGGAGGAGCUUUGGGCGAAAGGCAAAAUCGAGGUCGAUCAGCAUGAGCGAGUCUGCAUCAAAUCAAUCCCAGUCAAGGUCCGCCACUGGUCCAGCUCAGCUGCAGGCUCAAGCCUCUUUUCAAGGAAUCACUCAGGCGCCGCGAGGAUACAUCUCAUCUACGGCUAGUCCCGAGAGGCCACCCAAGGCUCCUGGAGUAGAGGAGAGUGAUGCUGAGUCAGAGUCGACGCAUGCCUCGAGCUCAAUGGGUAGUCGGGGUGGAUCUUCCAGGACUUCGAAGACGAGCGCCCUGGGCAAUUCAAAGCUGGGCAACAGUCAGCCGAUCAUUUCCAUGCCAUCGUCAUCCUCCACAUUCAAAGCGAACCCCUUUGAACAACAGUCUGUAACGGGAGGCAGCGUUGUCAUGACACCACAAGCAUUGCCGUCACCGAUUGCAGAGGUACCAGAUCGGACCAGCCCAUUGGCUCAGCAAGCCUUUCCGGCCCUUCAUGUGUCCGAGGCCAGCCCGACUGGAGGGGAGGAGCCCUCUGGAGGACUGCCGCUCCGUCGGUCACCCGAUCAAGCUGCUACGCCAACAGAGCAGUCGCGACCAUCUCAGUCCUCUUCUGCAACGGACAGACGGUCCAGCAUUGCUUCCUCCAUCUAUCCUCCGCUGGGCGCUACUUUUGCGCCUGUAGACCAUCCGCUCUCAAAGAAGGAUCAGACCAAACUUGCGAAGGAAGCCAGGAGGAGGAGUUCAACGACUAUGGCAGCUGCAGCUGCGGCUGCAGUGGCUAAUCACCAAGCUCAAGUACAAGCUCAAGCUCAGGCCCAGGGUGGUGGACAGGGGCUUGAGCAGCAGCAGCAGCAGCAGCAGACUCAGACUGCUUCCCGUCAGCAUCCUACGACGGGCCCAAGCAGCAGCAGCAAUGGUCCGGCCCCCGUCAGCGGUAUCGGCGAUGGCAACGGCAACGGCCAAGGCGCAGCGCCAGCAGCAGCAGCAGCACCAGGCACUACGACUUCUUCGCAGAAGCCCGCCCAUCCUACCAUUGGUAAAGGUCUCCCUUCGUCUCUGCAAUCCCAGUCUGCUACUCAGUCGACUGCUUCGCCUGCUUCGCCUUCUUCGGCAGCAGUGAAGCGACGGAGCACGCUGAGUCGCUUUGGAUUUGGAUUGGGAAAGGAUAAAGAUAAAGACAAGGACAAGGAGAAGCGCUGAUGGAAUGGGGAUGCCUGCCUGCUCGCCUUUGACUGUGCAAUGGGAUCUGGGUCUUGUCUUGGGACUAGGUGGAGGCUAGAUCCUCCGCCGCCGCCGUCGUCGUCGUCGUUGGCCGUCCUUGUAG